AUGGCUAGUGAUGAGAGUUUUGUAGCUCUUGUGCACUAUAGAGGGUCCAUUGAGAAGAAAGCGCGAUCAAGAAUUAAGUUCACUGACAAGAACCCACUAAGACUAGGACUGCAUGGCGUAAAACGGGUGGAGAAGUUGUUCUAUCGAAUUCCAAUUUCCGUGUUACGCGAUGAUGUGAAGUAUGAUUCAUUCAUUAUUAGCAGUGACGAAGAUAUGCAGGUGCUGUUUCAUUGUCACCGUCAGUUUCCUGAGGUGAGGACUUCGGAGUUGUUGGCAAAACUUGUGGAUGUGGCAUCUAGUUCUGGAGGCUCGAACAGGAAUAUGCACUCCAUAGGACAUGUAGCCAGCUCUAGUGCAAUGCAUGUUGGAUUAUCGUCAGUAGUGCCGGUGAUUGCACCCGAGCCAGACUUAGUGGCUUCACCAUCAUUUGCCGUCAAUCUGAAUCGAAGUUGUGAUGCAUUAGUUGGCGAGGCUGGACCAUUGGGAGACGGUGAUUUCGCGGCGCACAGUUCUCUUCCGUGUGUUCCAGUAUUCGGAGAGGUUGGAGCACUCGAAGGGGUUGAGGAUGCAUUGCAGGAUGAUGAUGAUUAUGAUGUGGAGCCCACAACGAUUGCUGCGGAUGAUAGCAAGGAGGAGACACCACGGACGACUCCACCUGUCGAUAGGGGAGCAUCUAGUUUAGGUACUAAUCAGUAUCCCCUCCCCCACUUCUUAGCUCUGGACUUGGAUGCCAUGGCACCUCAGAAAGCUCCCUCUGUAUCUGUUGGCUUCGGGGCAAGAGACUUGCAAAAUGCAGGAGAUGUAUCUGAGUUUCAGGACGGCCAGUAG